CAUAUUCUGCGAGAUUGUAUGCCAUUGAUGACAUUCUCGCGACAAAAAACGGGAUUUUGCUAAAUUAAAAGAAAAUAUGGCGGACAGGCUAACACAGCUUCAAGACGCUGUCAAUUCGCUUGCAGAUCAGUUUUGUAAUGCCAUAGGCGUCCUGCAACAAUGUGCUCCUCCUGCCUCCUUCAGUAACAUCCAGACGGCUAUCAACAAGGAUCAGCCCGCAAACCCAACCGAAGAAUAUGCCCAGCUGUUUGCAGCCCUGAUAGCCAGAACAGCGAAAGAUGUGGAUGUACUAAUUGACUCUCUGCCCAGUGAGGAGUCCACAGCAGCUCUGCAGGCGGCCAGUCUGCGGCAGCUGGAAGAGGAGAACCAUGAGGCAGCAACUCGUCUGGAGGACGUGGUUUACCGUGGUGACAUGCUGCUGGAGAAGAUCCAGAGCGCCCUGGCUGACAUAGCCCAGUCUCAGCUCCGCACCCGCAAUGGGGUACAGAGCCAGCCUUCAACAGCCGAAUCCUGACCCACAGCAUAUGUUAUACAAUUUUGGACAAUUUCACUCACGCUUUGACUCUUUAUUUUUACCCUCAGACACCAACUGAGCCUCAAAACGCUCAAGCUGAAUAUGUCUGAAUACAGUUAAGUACAUAAGUAUUUGGAGACAAUGACACCAUUUUUUUUAAUUUUUCCUCUGUACACCACCACAAUGGAUUUGAAUUGAAGCCACAAUGUGAUUGAAGUGUAGACUUUCAGCUUUCAAGUGGUUUAACAAAAAUAUUAUAUUAACCAUUUAGGACUUGCAGCUAUUUUUAUACAUAGUACCUCAUUUUCAGGCUUACAAGUAAUUGGACAAUGGACUGAUUAGUUUCAUGGUCAGGUGUAGCCUGUUGUCUCGUUAUUUCAUGAUAAAUUAAGCAGAUAAAAAGUCUGGAGUUGAUUCCAA